GAGAAGUGAGAUGACAUUUAUGACGUUACCAAGGUGAUCAACAACUAAUAUAGAUAUAAAACCGUUCUGAUUGUUGAGGAUAUUUAUUUUAUGCUAAGUCUAAUUUUAAUUCAUUUUUUUCUAACUACACUGAGUCAAUGACUACUGGACUCUCUGAAGUCACUUUACAGCCACCAAGCAUGACGGUAAGAACAGUAAAAUCUAGAAAAGUUCUUGUGAAGAAGAAAAUCUUAGCGGAAGUUAAGAAGAAAAAUCAAAAAAAAUCUGUGGUAACUAAAAGUGCCAGUCCAGAUGCUUCUAUCAAGCCUGACAACUUUAUUCAUGGUCCACAGUUUGAUGAUAUUGGCCGGUUAAUACCACACUCUAUAGCUGGAACUUAUGAAGAUUUCUGUACAAUAGCUAUUAAAAAUAAUUUUCCAGUCCCCAAAUGUGACGAUGUUAUAAGCAGCCCAGAUUUGUCAUCUAUUGACAGCACUAGAUCAUUUCAACAACCAAUGGCUGAUUCCCUAGCACUAUGUAACUGGUACCAAAGAAAUGUGGAUCAAAAGCAACAGCAACUUUAUCUCAGCCAGCAAAUUCAAAGAGACCCAGCUGAUUUAGUAAUGAAUCGAGGAGAUAGUCUUGGAAAUAGGAAAACCCGUGAAACAGAUUCAAUAGAAUGUCAUUCACCAGUUUCAUUUUGGAAACAACAAAAAAGAUUUGGCGAUGCAUUAAAGGGCAUACAUUCAACCCUUGCUCUGAGUCAAACAUGCCAUGCAGUGUAUGAACAAGUUGGGAUUUCUGAAAUGAUUCUAAAUGAAAAAGGUGUAAUUCAACCUAAAAGUUUAAGGCAAACCACAGACAAAGACAGCUUUAGACUUUCAUUACCAAAAUUUAAAAAACAGAACACCAUUGUGCCGGAUUUCCAAUAUCUUCAAGUGAAGGGACAACCAAUUGGUGGGCCAUCUGAAAAUGAAACAGUCCAUAGUACAGUGACGGAUUCAAAAGAUUUUGCGGAAGGAUUACCAAAAGCUACAGUAGCGAGUAAGCAAAGUACAAUGGCUUCUGAAGUUGCAGAUGACGAAAAUCUCAUAACUGGUCCAGCUUUACUACUCAAUGGUCGACAAGUGAACUGGUUCUUGGACCCUAAUGACCCACCAGAAAACAGUUUGGAAUUCAUGUUCUAUUUUGAAGCACUUCUUGAUCAAAAAGACAAAUCUUGUAUGUUUAUUCAGAAUAAUGGUACCACAGCUAUAUUUUACAAGUGGAAAAAACUUUUCAAAGACAACCCGUUCAACCCUUUCCAAAGACAACACCAAUAUUUCUAUUUCAAUGAUUCAGAUGGUGUCAUUUUACCAAAUCAGACAAUAGAAUUCCCGUUUACUUUUAAAUCUCCCCAAAUUGGGAUUUUCUAUGAAGUGUUGCAGUUUGUCACCUUUCCACAGUUACCUCGUGUUGUUAUAUCACUACAAGGGAUCAUUAAACCACUGGACGUAUAUUCUGUUUCCCGGAGUAACCUAUCGGAAUAUUUAAAUGCCAAAGUGAAAAGCCGUAUGGCAGAAGAGUUUGUUCUGGACAUAUGUAGGUCAGUAUGUUCUAGGGUGCAGGAAAGUUACCCUGAUGACUUCAAGGUGAAAACCGAACACACGUUCAAACUCCAAAACCCCCAUCUGAAUUAUGAUGACAGGGCUGUUUCCAACUUGGCAACGAUAUAUUCUUCUAUUUUCCCAAAUGCUGAACAAAGUGGAAAGCAUUGGAAUUACUCUGUGAAUGAACUUGUAGAGUGCAUUAAUGCAAUGGAUGAUAGUGAUGAAAAAGAAUGCUUUCUCUACAAAGUUGAGGAAUCUGUACAUCAGAUGCAAUUUUCAACAGACACCUACAAGGGAAACAACCAUUAUUAUUAUGUGUUCAUUUUGCUAGUGGAUGGAAUGAAUUUGCUAACCAAACAGUUAAAUGCAAUGUGGCAAGCGUUUCAACAGCGGCAAUCAUGGGGCCCUGCCCUGAAAUCUCCUGUUGACAAAACUGACUCAGUAGUUAUGUAUUCUAGCCCUGCUUUUGGCAGUGCGAGAAAACUGGAGGAUUUUCGAAAGAAAAGGAACGGCAAGAAAAUUACAGGUCUGCAUCGGAAAACACUGACAAGUGAGAGUGGAAGCAGUCCGGAAGUGCUUAGACUUCGGACAAAAAAGAUGUACAUAGAGGUCUAUGAUAUAUUAGUCCGGACAGUUGAUAACAUAGAAAAGGUGCUUAAUGAAAUUCAAUCUUAAGAAGAAUUUACCAGCCAGCCUGACGGAAAAUUGCAUACACACACACACACACACACACACACACACACAAACGCGUGCACACACACACAUGCGCAUGCAUACA